GAGGAGAGAUUUGUCAGAGGCUGGUCAGGAACCGCUGCUGGUGAAGGGGAGCAGGAGAAGGGGUUGAGGCCACCCCCUGCUUGUGGGCUUCCUGAUUGGCCAGGCCGUUGGACAGAAGAGAGACCAGACCUGCCCGAUGAAGGAGCUUCUGGCUGGAUCCAGCACGGCCGUCGUCCCCAGGUUAUGACGAUUUGAAGAGGGGGCAAAGAGGAUGUUCUGCAGGUGUGCCGGGAAGUGGUUAGGUUGGGAUAUAGAAAGUGGCUGCAUACGGAAGCCAAUGCUUUGCCUGCCUAACCCUAGAUGAGAACAGUGGUACUGAGUGUAGGUUCAGGGGAAGAAAAGAAAGGAUUUCUGGAACUUGAUAUAUAUGGGGUUUAAUCCUACAAGGUGGAGCAAGGACUGGUCGGAGACGAGUCUACAGUAGGAUGAACUAUAGACCGGUGUUGAAACUGUUAUAGUUGCUUGAAGGAAAGACCAUCAGAGUGAGCAAUGAGACCACCCUUGGGUCCUUUCCAUCUUGAUUUACUUAAAUUUCUACUCCGCUGGUCUGAAAAAGUGGACUUCAUCCAGGAAAGCUCACAAGGAACGAAAUGGUUUACUCUUAAAAGUGGUUGGAAUACUUUCUAUGACAAUGGUAAGCAAGAAGAUGGACCGAUUCCUGGACAUGGAGACUCCCACCCUUUGCAAGAUGUAUCCAAGGAGAACAGGAUGGUUAUCGCUGAAGACCGAGAGCUGUUGCGGCAGGUCCUUCCGAGCAGAGAAGAGGACGAGGACGACAGCGACAGCGAUGAUGAUGACAUUCGAGUUACAAUCGGCAACAUCAAGACUGGAGCACCGUCUUACAUGGGCACCCCUAUGAAUCUGAAUCUAAAAACGGGUCGGGGUUAUGGAGCACCUGCCUCAGCGAAGUCACAGCCCAAAGGAAUUGAUUUAGAAGCUGCAGGAAAUAUUAACGGCUUGCCUGUAAUCGAAGUGGAUUUAGAGUCCUUUGAAGACAAACCGUGGAGGAAACCAGGUGCUGACCUUUCCGACUAUUUCAACUACGGGUUCAACGAAGAAACAUGGAAAGCUUAUUGUGAAAAGCAGCGUCGGCUUCAACUUGGCUUGGAGCCAUCCGCCCCUGUCAGUACAGAAAAUAAGAUCACGGUUCAGCAAGGAAGAACAGGAAAUGCCGAAAAAGAGCCGGAGAACAAUGUCAUUAAAAUGGAUUUUAAGACGGAUUUUGUGGCCCUAGUAGGUGGUCGGAUAAAGGCCGGGCCUCCCCCAAACAGGAAGCUGGGAGGGACAAUUGACGUGAUUGGUGGUCAGGCCGGCACCAUCCGGAGAGUCGAAGGAAGGCGGCGUGACAAGCAUGCCUCGGAGGAGAAUCCCAUUCAGGUUCUUGGCGAGCAUGGGAGCAAGUUGCAACCCUCACAACAAGGCCAGCAACCAUCACAACCGCAACAGCCACCUCAACAGCAGACAUUUGCACCCCCAGCGGGCCCACCGCCUCCACCGAUCAGCGGUCCUCCUCCACCUCACUUUCUCCAUCCUCCACCACCUCCGGUCACGUCCGUCCCACCGCCUCUCCACACUCCAGGUUUGCCACCCCCGGGUCCCCUUCCAGGGUUGUUUCCCCCACCUCUGGCUCCACCACCAGCGCUUUUGAUACCCACACUUGACGGCCAGCCUGCCGGCUACAACAACAGGCAGCCCCCUCCGUUUGGUUACAACUCUACAGAUUCAGGUUUCAUCAGCUACCCUCCCAUUUCUACUUCCCACACGCCCUGGGUGACUACGGUGGAUAAGAGCGCCAGCGCUCCUGACGGUGGCCCCUGGGAAUACUCCAGCUCCAGGAGGGACCGGGAAAGGGAUCGGGACCGGACACCCACCACCAGUGAAUACAACAACGAUGAUGACAGGUACCGUUAUUACAGCCGGGAACGCAGUUAUGAUUUUGAACGAGACUAUCGCAGGAGUAGAGACCGCAGCCGUGAGCGAGAAGAUCGUCACCGGGAACGGCGGCACAGAGACAAAGAGGAGGGCGGCAAACACAAAUCGUCACGGCGCAAACAGCACGACAACGAAGAGGGGGAAACCCACCGGCGCCACAAGCACAAAAAGAACAAGCGCAGCAAGGAAGAGAAGGAGGCGAGUGAGGACGGGGCGCCCGAGGGAAAUGGACAAGAUUCCAAGGAAUAGCUAGUCUCCGAAGCAAGCAAGCCAAGAAAGAAACGGUUGAGAAACAGCUCAAGAACAAAAACCCGAACAGUCAAAGCACUAUUCCAGCUAGGCUGCCCAUCUCCUGGGACUCUCUCUAUAUUUUUGGAGGAAGUGGAUGAGAUGAAGGUUGCCCACAUAAAAAGUCAAAUUGGAUGCAAACUUGGGACUUUACAGAGAGAGAGAAGGAUCCAGCUGCAAUUGCAAACACAGCACUGAAAUAUUCCACGAGUUGUCAAACUCCACUGCGUCAGAUCCUAUGGCUUCUGAUGGGAGAUGGCAUCAGCGGAAACGAACAUGUUCAGAGUGAGGGAUGAUACUUGGCCAUUUAUGGGUUUUUUUUUGAAAAAGGACAAGAACAGC